CUGUCACAGACUAGUGUGCCCUGGGAACCGCACGGCUGAGCGAAGUGUUGAAGACUGUACGAGAAGGGCAAGGAGCACCCAAGAAACACGCUCCCAAAAGGAUUACUUCACAGAGGUUCACAUGGGGAGUUAAAAAAGAGAAGCAUGGAGCGCAGUCAGUUAAAUAUGUUUGCAUCUGUGAGUUUUUGGUUACUUGUAUUUUUGUGCGUAACCGAUCCAUCUCGUGCUGCACCUCGCGCCAAGGAUAACAAUGCCUCGCAUAGUUCAAGGCGUCCGCGUGCGGUCUCCAGUGCGCCUUUGGAAGUGUACAAUACCACCACAAUGCCAAACUACUUACCUGAUGAUAAACUGGGGAUUUUAACACUUUCUGCAUUCACCGCGACGACCACGGUCGCCAGAACCUUAGGAGAAGCGGCGACUCCGUUCCCGACAACAACUCGAGGCACUUUUAUCGAGUCUUCUACAACAACAGUGGAACCAACGGUUAAACGCAGGGAUGUAACGGAUGUAACAGCGAACACGAUCACAACAACAGAAGCAAAACUGAGUGGAACUACAGCUUUCUAUGGUACAACCAGUGCCUUACCGAGCACUUCUGGAAAACCAGCUGAAUAUACGACUCCCUCAGUCACUUCAAGCACUGUGAGCCUCACCACAACCACGGCAGCACCACCUGUCCAAACCACCACGGACAGUAGGCAAGAGCUCCGGUGCAACUGCAGUGCGGAGGGCACGCUGGACCCCACCGACUGCCACCUGGAGACGGGCCAGUGUGUGUGCCUGGAGGGCUACGCGGGGCUGCUCUGUGACGUGUGCGAGGGAGGAUACUUCAACAACGGCUCCACCGGCUGCCUGGCAUGCGGAUGUGACUCCUUUGGGGCCGUGGGCACACACUGUGACAGCUCGGGCAUGUGCCAGUGUAAGACGGGCGUGUACGGAGAGAAGUGUGAUGACUGCCACCCAGGCUUCUUCCACUUCAGCAGCAGCGGCUGCCAGCCCUGCCAGUGCAACAACCACAGCAGCUACUGCCACCCACAGUCAGGCAUCUGCGUCAACUGCCAGGGCAAUACCAGAGGUCCCGCCUGCGAGGAGUGCAAGUAUAAUUUCUACCGGAGGCCCGGCUUGCCUCUCACCGCCCUCUGCACGCCGUGUCCCUGCUCCAGCGUCACCUCCACCGGCACCUGUCACCUCGACGAGAGCGGCACGCCGGUGUGUGACCAGUGCAACCCGGAGUACCAGGGCCCCAACUGCGAGCAGUGCCGCGAUGGCUUCUACAACGCCGACAGCAUCUGCCUGCCGUGCAACUGCAGCGGCAACGCCAACCCCAGCACCUCGCCGCGCACCUGCCACCCCGACACCGGCAACUGCCUGAGCUGCAUCAACAACACCACCGGCCUGCACUGUGAACGCUGCCUGGACGGCUACGCCGGAGACGCACUCGCGCGCACCUGUAGAGCCAUAGUUGUCCCAACAACUCCGGAGCCACGCACCACCACCACUCCCCCUGCUGCCUACACCACCACCUCCUCCAACCCCAUGGGCUCCACCACCCCCAACGCCACCACCGCCGCCACCACCACCGCGCCCCCCGCCCCCCCCCUGACCACCCCCCAGUCCCUGCUCACCACGCUGGGCUCGGCGGCCACCACGACGGCGGCCUCCCUCACCACCUCCUCCCCGGCCUCGGCCGCCGUCUCCUGGACGCAGUUCAACAUCAUCGUGCUGGCGGUGAUCAUCGUGGUGGUGGUGGCGCUGAUGGGCGCGGCGGGCGGCGUCUACUCGUAUCGCGAGUACCGGAACCGCAAGCUCAACGCGCCCUUCUGGACCAUCGAGCUGAAGGAGGACAACAUCAGCUUCAGCAGCUACCACGACAGCAUCCCCAACGCCGACGUCUCGGGCCUGCUGGAGGACGAGGGGGGCGACGACGUGCUGGUGGCCCCCAACGGACAGUUGGCCCUCAGCGGGGGGCCCGGGAGCCUCUACAAGGCGUGAGGGCCGGUCCGGCGCGGGCCCGGAAUCGGGGCCAGAUUGUUGUGCUGUGCUGUGACAGCCGGACUUGGCCGGGCCCGGGACAAAAUCAUUUUGAAAGGGUCCCCCCCCAAUCCCCAUCCCCCCACUUCCCACUCAAUGCAGAACAAUUGGGCUUCUCUUUAUCUCCUGGGUUCUGGGACGGCUGGCCUGUUUGUCCCUGCCAACCUCUGCAAGGCGUGAGGAGGGGAUGGGGGAAGAGGGAUGGGGGAUGGGAGAGGGCAGGGGACACGGUGGACCGGCCCACUGACUGACUGACUGCCAAGUGUGCAGACUUGACAAAAAUCAUUUGAACUGCACAGAAAUCGUUUGAAAUGGCCCACAAGGGGCCUGCAAUUCAGAGCAAUGCGACAAGGACCCAAUUCAGGGCCACUUCCCCUCCCCGGGCCCAGGACAACGGACCUGUUUGUCCACCCCUACCCCCUCUGCCUUUCAGUAGGCCUGGCAUUGUGUGGGUCAGGGUGGGGGCCACAGCUGGCUGACUGACUGCCCAGCGAGCAGGCUCAAUGUUCAGGCGUGUAGCUCAGCUCAGCUGCCUGUGUGUACCCACCCCUGCCCUGCCAGCCCAGCACCUGCUCUGUUUCAUUCCCUUGUUCCCUGGUUCCCUUUUUCUCUAGGCUGGGGGGUACGUAGGGGUGUUUGCGAGCUGCUGCAGGGGGGUCUCACACAGACAUACACACAUAC